AUGAGAGCAACCGCUCUCGUCCUCUCUCCACCACCACUCUCCACACGCACCCCUCUCCUCCUCCUCCACUCUCCGCACCCCCUCCUCCCCUUCCGCUCCCUCAAGCCCAAACCCCUCCCCAAACACCCCCUAAUCCUAUUCCCGUCCCCAAACACCCCAUCCUUCCUCGUCCGCGCCGACGACGGCGACGGUGACAGCGCAGGCCCCGAUGACUAUGACAUGGACGAUGAAGAGCUCGAGGAAGUCGACAACAAGAAGGACUUCGACAUCGAGUACGACACCCUCGCUGCCGCCGCAGCCGCAGUUGCUGCCGCCAACGGCGAAGAGGACAUCGCCAUGGUGCAGAGCAAGAGCUUUGUGUUUACGCAAGGCUGGGACUCGGAGAUGGUCGUCGAUUAUCGGAUUAACGAAGACGAGUUUCACAAGAUUAGCUUGCUCGAUUGCGAUUUCUUCAUAAGGAAGCCCCCCGAUCCCGAUAACGACGUCUAUGAUUUCAGAGAGAUGUAUGUUACUCCUCCGGACACAGAUGUUUAUGCAAUUCCCAGGGUUUUAGCUCCAAUGCCUCAGAAGUACAUUCGCUGUGCCAAGAGUGAUUUUAGCAGCUACAAUGUGACAGAGCCACCAAUUGAUGCUCCUAGAGAUCCAUUGUAUAAGUCUGAGCGGGACGUUUUAAAGGUUUACUUGACAAAGCAUUACAGGAAUCGGAGGUUGGGCGACCCUGAUUUUGUUCUGGAUUUUGAGGAGAUUUAUGUGAUUGAUUCCAAAACAAAAUCUAUUAGCAGAGCAAAAGUUCUGGUCAGUGUUCCAGGGGGAAGAAGCAGAGAUAGAAGGCAUGACCUGCUUGUAAUACGUGAUAAUGGCAACUCCUUCAGAAUAAUUCAUGGGAGUGAAAAGGAUGAUCCCACCACAGUGAUAGAGAGGGAAGAGUGGAAUAAGACCAGACAGGACAUGGAGAGGCAUCUUAGCAAGCUACGGGACUUCAGCGUUUCAAAUUGGUUCUAG